UGAACUCAUCGUAAAAAAGAUUAAACAAUUAUGCAGAACAACUCGCGAGAGGGUUUUAGGGUUUAUGCGCGAACAGAACGGAGGAGGAUCGACGACGACAACGACGAGCAAAUGGAGAACAAACCCGGAAAACGUGAUUCGGAUCCGAAUCCAAGUUCGGGUCCUUCGUCUGCUUUGGCUUAUCUCGAUCCUCACUACUGGGACGAGAGAUUCUCCUCCGAGGAACACUACGAAUGGUUCAAAGAUUACUCACAUUUCCGGCAUCUCAUCCAAAACAACGUCAAACCCAGUUCUUCCGUGUUGGAGUUGGGGUGUGGGAACUCCCAGUUGUCUGAGGAGUUGUACAAGGAUGGAAUUGUGGAUAUAACAUGCAUUGAUUUAUCCAUUGUUGCGGUAGAGAAGAUGCAGAGUCGGUUGCUUUCGAAAGGGUUCAAAGAAAUAAAAGUGCUGCAGGCCAACAUGCUGGACCUCCCGUUUAGCGACGAGUGUUUUGAUGUUGUUAUAGAGAAAGGGACCAUGGAUGUCCUCUUUGUUGAUGCCGGUGAUCCGUGGAAUCCCCGUCAAGAAACUAUGGACAAAGUCAUGGCAACCCUCGAUAAUGUCCAUCGUGUCCUGAAACCAGAUGGCAUUUUCAUAUCCAUUACUUUCGGUCAGCCUCAUUUCAGGCGUCCUCUAUUUGAGGCUCCCAAGUUUACUUGGUCUGUAGAGUACAACACUUUUGGCGAUGGCUUUCACUAUUUCUUCUAUAUCUUGAGGAAGGGAAAGAGGUCGUAUGAUGAUAAAGAACUUGACGAGAGAUCCGAGAAGCCAUCGAUACGUCUGUUUCAAGAUGAACUCGAGGGUGAAGAUUUCCUUUUCCGAACACGCAUCAAUGAUGAUGAUGAUGAUGAGAGCAAUGGAGAUAGUUGAUGUUCUGCGUAGUUCCUUCUUCAAUGUAGUAUCAGGAUUGAUUCUUUGUUCAUUUGGUCACACACUCUUUGUUUAUGCUCUCUCUCUCUCUCUCCCUCCCUCCCUCACACACACACACACAGAGUGAAUCUUGGACAUAGGGUUCUAAGUGGAGUUGAACCAGGCACUUGACUCA